AUGCCUCCGAAUCAACGUGAUAUCGAAGCAGCUCCGCUGCUGGAUGAGAACUGCAACGGCCAGCUACUGAAACCGUCCCCACUGGAAGCUCCCUUUAACGGUACCAAUAAGCCCAAAUCUUACGGCACAGCCAAUCAAUGGCAAAAGAUCAUUCGCUACGACCCACUGCAGCAUCGUAAACUUGACCAUCCCUGCACCAAUCUGGACACCUUGAUGCAUAUACUAAAUGGAAACCUGGGAACCGGAAUCCUAGCAAUGCCGAAUGCAUUCAAACACUCCGGACUGUUCCUGGGAUUCUUCGGCAUCCUAGUGAUGGGAGUGAUCUGCACCCACAGUAUGCACAUCCUGGUGAAAUGUUCCCGCGAACUCUGCCGACGCUAUCAAGUGCCGUCACUCUCGUUCUCGGAGGUCGGUCGCUAUGCCUUCGAAUCCGGGCCAACAUCACUGCAAAAAAUAGCCGCUUUGGUAGCCGUUCUCAUCAACUGCUUCCUCAUCGUAAUGCAGAUUGGAUUCUGCUGCGUUUACUAUCUGUUCGUGGCCGUUAAUCUGUGUGAUUUUCUCGAAUAUACUGGCGUUCAGCUGAGCGUCUUCACCGUGCUGUUGAGCUUGUUGAUCCCACUGACGGCACUGAACAUGAUUCGAAGCCUAAAGUUCCUGACACCGACUUCGUUGGUAGCCUCCGCCCUAGCGGUCAGCGGAAUUACGAUCGCGUUUAUGUUCCUAUUGCAAGAUCUUCCCCAUAGCAGUUCGGUGGCUCCGAUAUCCAGCUGGAGCACAUUCCCCCUGUACUUCGGGAUGGCUAUGUAUGCCUUCGAAGGGAUCGGUGUCGUUCUACCACUGGAGGCUAACAUGAAAACUCCGAAGGACUUCUGCCGCUGGAACGGAGUUCUAAACACCGGAAUGACCAUCGUAACCUGCCUCUAUUCGGCGGUUGGUUUCUACGGUUAUCUGAAGUACGGUGACGAAGCCCAAGGAAGCGUAACCCUGAAUCUGCCCAACGAAGAACUCUUGGCACAAAUGGUUCGACUGCUGAUGGCGGUAGCCGUGUUCGCAUCGUACGCCCUCCAGUUCUACGUGCCGAUGACCAUCGUGGGCCCAACCGUGCGCGGCUGGUUCGGAUCUCAAACCGCCCAGACCGCGGCCGACUGUACGCUUCGCUUUGCCACCGUUCUGCUGACGUUCACGAUGGCAGCGAUCAUCCCUAACCUGGGGGCGUUCAUCUCGCUGAUCGGUGCCGUCAGUACGUCGGCAUUGGCUCUGGUGUUUCCCCCGCUGGUGGAAAUCAUCACCUUCUGGCCGAGCCGGCAGUACGGCCGCUGGAAUUGGAUUCUCUGGAAGGACGUUUUGAUUACCUGUUUCGGGCUGGCCGGAUUCGUCAUCGGAACCAGCACCAGUGUGGUGGAAAUUAUUACCGAUUGGAAGUAG